CCAGUUUCUCGCCUCGGCCUCAAGUUUGCAGAGGAAGUUUUGUUGUGAAUCGCCACUAUGAACAUUUUUGAUUUUUUGCUAGCUACAUAUAUUUUGUGCACCUAGAAGAACUAGAAGAAGACUCAUUCUCAUUUAGCACUUGCCACCUGAACUUGCAAUUCUGAUUCCGCCUUUAAAGGGCAAAUAGAACAUCAAGAUGGUCGUUGCAAAUUAUCUGUUAACGAACAUGAGGACGAGCGCAGUCCGCGAGAAAGUGCUUCCCCAGCUGGCGUCGUUCUGCACCCGUGCGAGCCGCGGUUGGGCACCGUCGUCCGCAUCGUCCGCUGGACGUCCACAUCUACGAACAGCGGCAGUGUGGUCGCAACUUGACGCCAAUCUGGGCACAGGCUUUGGCAGGCAGUGGAUAACUACAUCGGUUGAGGCGGAAUCAACGUAUACUUGUCGUCGGAGGUUUGAGUUUGUCUUGUAUGCAGCAGGUCCAGGGAUAAGAUGGCACUCCCACUGGCGUCAAACGUCAGCAGGUUCGGCAACAACAAACUCAAGCGAGAGGAUGCUGAGGCUACGGCAUGCUGGUUUUGAGCCUCCAACUGCAAUGGUUGCAGCCGGUGUCUUCGACGGAAACAAGCUAGAUGAAUCGUCUUCGCUACAGUGCAUUGACCGUGGAAUUGUUUCCGCAUCGCCGCGUUCGUUAGUGACAUUCAGAGGCGGUUUGCAGUUAAGACAUUUACAGUAAAUCGUGCAUUUAGAAGCCGCACUAGGUGGAGGUCAUUUGUUUUCCGAAAACGUCGUGAAUGUCAGGUGGAUUUCGUAUUCUUAUCGCAAUCGUAUUAAGUUAGUAUGAGAGCAAAAAGAUAAACGCAAACGCAAGUAGAACGAUCCACUCUAAUUCAGCACGCGUCCCCUUUCCUCCUGAUGGCUAGAAAGUCCUCUGGCUUCUUCCAACUACCAUCUAGGAGUGGUGGAGACGGCGGAAACAACAACAAUGGCGAUAACAAAUCCUUCUGGCAGAGAGUCCUCGGCGUCGGAGCCGCAGGUUAUGCGGUCGUCAAAGUUUUACCUGGUCUCAAAUUUGCUGUGCCACUGCUAAAAUUUAGCAAGAUGGGACCACUCCUAUCGUUGGUUCUGAGCAGCUUCGCGUAUGCGGCAGUGUUCGGAUGGCAGUAUGGUCUGGGAAUGAUAUCCUUGAUCUUCGUUCACGAGAUGGGACAUGCUUUGAUGAUGAAGUACUGACCACUGCAUCAGACCACUGCAUCACUACAGACCACUGCAUCUCUUGUGUAGUUAUCUUCCUUCACGAGAUGUUGUAUAUGCUGGGUGGACAUGCAAGACGAAGAAAAGCUGUGACUUUAUAGACAUCGGAUAAAAUCAAGUAAUCUACUUAGUUAAGUCUAUUUUUACCAUAAUUCAUUUUCUAAAUCGACACACUUCAUUUUAUUUUACCAUCCAACUCGAAAGGUACCUGAAAGUCCCAGUCGGCCCUAUGGUUUUUCUUCCUUUUAUGGGCGCCGCUGUCGAAAUGCGUGGCAGCCCUAAGAAAGCGAGUCAUGAGGCUUUGAUCGGCAUAGCUGGUCCCAUCCUAGGUUCACUUGCUGCCAUUGUGCCGUUUUUCUAUGGUCUCCAGACGGGAUCGCAACUCGGAUUUGCUUUAUGGUUGAUAUUGAUCUUGUCUUGCUGGUGGAAUUACUUCUGUCGCCUUCUCUUCUUUUGUCAUUGUCUGGUACAACUAAUCUCAGUUUACCAGUGAGUAACACUAACACGCUAGGCGCCACAACAAAGAGAAUAACGAGAAUCAAUUUAUUUCGACUGACUCAUCGCCAUCACGAAGUACGUGAUGAGAAACUUCUACUUCUACCUCUCCUUCUCUGCUCUAGUUCCUGCUCUAGUUCUACUUCUACUUCCUGCUCUAAUUCUACUUCUACUUCUUUUCUCAAAUACUUUCUCUAGUUCUACUUCUCCCUCUAAUCCCGCUCGCGCACUGGGGUUUUCUUGUGAACCUGUUUAACCUGAUGCCAAUCGGCCAAUUGGACGGAGGUCGCAUCCUAGGCAGUUUACAUCCUAGCUUCCUCUUACUUGGUCUAGCCGGAAACGCUGCACUGAUUGCCGCGAUGCCCCAACAGCCAAUGUUGUAUUAAGGCUCAGCUUUCAAUGGUCAUUGGGGUUGGUCACUGAGGUCCCUCUUGAGAGAACAGGGGAAAAUGAAGGAAAAGCAAAGGGAGAGGCAUGGGGCCCAUUUCUUUCAGAGUCAGUGACCAUUGAAUUCUGAGCUUUAAUUGUAUAUCGUCUUUUUGAUGGGCUGCUUCUCAACGUUUUCACGCUUUUUUGAUCCACCACAAGUACCGCCAGGCUACUACAACCUGCCAGCUUGGGAGAAAGCCUUGAUCGCGAGUGGCUAUUUUGGUCUAGUGACAAGUUUAGUGGUGGCAAUGAAUGUAAACGACCAUUUUAGGAAGAGCCCUCAAGAAUUGCGCAGGGAGAAAAAGAGGCAAGAGGACGCCAAAAAUGGUUACUUUGGAAGUAGUUCUGGUGGCGGAGGUGGCAGUGGGGGUGGCGGUGGAGGUGGUAUGCAUUUUCAAUCCUCAGAAGGUCCAGGGGGUGAGACUAUAUGGACCUACUUAGAUCACGUGGAGAAGAAUUAUUGCUAAAUCGAUCGAUCGCCCCAUACUCAUCCUCUGUCCCAGAGCUUAGUUUAUAUUUGAAUUAAGCAUCACGCAAAAGCGUUGUAUGCUGAUCAAAUUAUUUACGCGACAUUUAAUUCCUGGAAGAACGCGGU